AUGAGCGAGUUGAGCGAGGACGAGGACGAGGCCAAGAAGGGCGGCAAGGCGUCGCACCAGCUCGUCUACAUCCCGGACGAGGACCUGCCGUUGCGGUUCGUCGGCCUGCACCUCAGCCGGGCACGUGUCGUCGCGUGGUGGGUCGGCUGCGUCCUGAGCGGCGGCAUCCUGUGGCUCCUCGGCCGGUGGCUUCCGAACCUGUGGCGCAACAGCACCGGCCGCAUGGGCGAGUUUGACAGGGCGAGCUACGUCGUCGUCGAGGUGCGCCCUCGUCCCUUUUCCUCCCCCUCUCCCCUCGUCCCUUUUCCUCCCCCUCUCCCCUCCAUCUUCCCGCCGUCGGUCACGGUCCCGCCGGCGCAUCGGGAGGACGUCACCAACGCGUCGCGCGCCGAGGUCGCCGAGGACGAGAAGCUCAAGGUCGGCGGCGGCCCGACGGUCGACGAGAUCAAGUUCCUCGACUACCGCUACUACCGCUUCUUGCUCCACCCGGAUGGGCACUUCCGCAUGGUCCGGUCCUGGAAAGACCCGCAGUGGUCGUCCCUGUCGGCCCUGCGUCGCGGCCUCACGUCGAGCGGCGAGGUCGCCUUGCGCACCACGCUCUUUGGGCUCAACGCGAUCGAGAUCGAGGCCAAGACGGUCGGCCAGCUCCUCAUGGACGAGGUCCUGCACCCGUUCUACAUCUUUCAGCUCUUCUCUAUCGCGCUCUGGAGCGUCGACGACUACUACUACUACGCGUUCGCCAUCGCCGUCAUCAGCGUCGUGUCCAUCAUCUCGACCCUGCUCGAGACUCGGGCAAACGUCCAGCGCAUGCGCGAGAUGUCGCGCUUCUCGUGCCCGGUCCGCGUUCUCCGUGACUCGGAAUGGGUGACCGACGACUCGACCUCGCUCGUUCCCGGCGACGUCCUCGACCUGUCCGACGCGGCGCUCAACACGUUCCCGUCCGACCUCCUCCUCCUGUCGGGCGACGCCAUUGUCAACGAGUCGAUGUUGACGGGCGAGUCCGUCCCGGUCUCCAAGUACCCGAUCGAGCCGUCCGGCGUGCACCUCGUCGCCGCGCCGUCGCUCGCCCAGCAGGCCGGCGAGAUCCACCCCGACCUUGCUCGUCACGUCGUGUACAACGGCACCAAGAUCAUCCGCAUCCGCAAGACGUCGCCGGGCGUGCUCGGCGGCGCCAAGGCGGGAGGCGAGCUCGAGGCGACGGCCAUGGUCCUCCGCACCGGCUUCAACACGACCAAGGGCGCGCUCGUGCGGUCGAUGCUGUUCCCCAAGCCGUUCGGGUUCGCCUUCUACCGCGACUCGUUCCGGUUCAUCGGCGUCCUCGGCGGCGUCGCCGUGUGCGGCUUCCUCGCAAGCUCGGUCAACUUCAUCAAGCUCGGCAUCUCGUGGUCCGUCAUCAUCAUUCGCGCGCUCGACCUCAUCACGAUCGUCGUUCCUCCGGCACUGCCCGCCACGAUGGCCAUCGGCACGUCGUUCGCCAUCUCGCGCCUGCGCAAGAACGGCAUCUUCUGCAUCUCGCCGACGCGCGUCAACAUUGGCGGCAAGGUCAACAUCGUCUGCUUCGACAAGACGGGCACGCUCACCGAGGAGGGCCUCGACGUGCUCGGCGUGCGCUCGGUCGUGCGCUCGACCAACGUGUUCACCGAGCUGCACCGCGACCCGGACGACGUCCCCAUCUUUGGCGCCGCCGACGCCAAGACGCCGCUCCUGCACGCCCUCGCCACCUGUCACGGCCUCAAGGUCGUCAACGGCGAGGUCAUCGGCGACCCGCUCGACCUGCGCAUGUUCGAGUUCACGGGCUGGACCCUCGAGGAGGGCAAGGAGGGCCCGACCGACCCGACCGCGUCCGCCAAGGUGCCCGAGCGCGCGCAGACGCUCGUCCAGACCGUCGUGCGCCCUCCCGGCGGCGAGCGCUUCAAGCUCGAGGACGCGCUCAAGGCCGGCAGCAAGCACGCCCACUUCCUCGAGCUCGGCGUCCUGCGCACGUUCGACUUUGUCUCGAGCCUGCGCCGCAUGAGCGUCCUCGUCAAGAAGCUCAAGAGCACGUCCGUCGAGGUCUACGUCAAGGGCGCGCCCGAGGUCAUGGUCGACAUCUGCGACAAGGCGACUUUGCCCGAGGACUACGAGGACAUCCUCGCCGACUACACGCGGCACGGGUUCCGCGUCAUCGCCCUCGCUGGCAAGAGCAUGCCCGGCCUGACCUGGAUCAAGGCUCAGCGCCUCAAACGCGAGGCGGUCGAGUCGGGCCUGCGCUUCCUCGGCCUCGUCAUCUUCGAGAACAAGCUCAAGCCCGGCACGGCGCCGGCCAUCGCGACCUUCCGCAGCGCGCACAUCCCGACGCGCAUGGUCACGGGCGACAACGUGCGCACGGCCAUCUCGGUCGGGCGCGAGUGCGGCAUGAUCCAGCCGCUCGGGCGCAUCUACCUGCCGAGCUUCAUCAAGGGCGGCGCGACCGUGUCGAGGAGCCAGAUCGAGUGGACCGACGUCGAGGACGACUCGCGCACCCUCGACCCAUACUCGCUCCAGCCGAUCGAGCCCGAGCAGGCGAGCGUCUUCAGCGGCUACUCGGACGAGCGCCGCGAGUACCACCUCGCCGUGACGGGAGACGUCUUUAGGUGGAUGAUGGAUUUCGGCGCGCUCGAGACGCUGCAGCGGAUGCUCGUCAAGGGCCUCAUCUUUGCGCGCAUGUCGCCCGACGAGAAACACGAGCUCGUCGAGCGCCUCCAGUCGCUCGGCUAUACCGUCGGCUUCUGCGGCGAUGGCGCCAACGACUGCGGGGCGCUCAAGGCGGCCGACGUCGGGCUCUCCUUGUCCGAGGCCGAGGCGAGCGUCGCUGCGCCUUUUACGAGUCGGCAACCCGACAUCCGGUGCUUCCUCGAGGUCAUCAAGGAGGGCCGGGCGAGCCUCGUCACGAGCUUCUCGUGCUUCAAGUUCAUGGCCCUGUACUCGCUCAUCCAGUUCACGACCGUCUCGCUCCUGUACACGAUCGCGAGCACACUCGGCGACUUUCAGUUCCUGUACAUCGACCUCGCCCUCAUCCUGCCGAUCGCUGUCACGAUGGGCCGCACCGAGCCGUUCCCUCGCAUCCACCCGAAGCGCCCGACCGCCAACCUCAUGUCGAAGAAGGUCUUGACGUCGCUCAUCGGCCAAAUCGUCCUCACGUCCGGGUUCCAGGUCUUUGCCUUCCUCUUCAUCCGCUCGCGCGACUGGUACACGCCGCCCGUCGUCGACCCGGACCAGCUCGACAUCUCGUCGUACGAGAACACGUCGCUGUUCCUCCUGUCGUCGUUCCAGUACAUCCUCGUCGCCGCCGUCUUCUGUGUCGGGCCGCCAUACCGCAAGCCGCUGUACACGAACCGGUGGCUGGUCCUGGCCCUCGUCGCCCUGUCGUCGUUCUCGCUCUACACCCUCUUCAUGCCGGCGUCGGCGUGGACGUUCCGCCUCCUCGAGUUUGUCGAGCUCCCGCACGAGUUCCACCUCGAGCUGCUGCUCCUCAUCAUCGGCAACGUCACGCUGUGCUGGGCGUUCGAGGACGCCGGCGCGCAGCGUGUCGCCAAGUGGAUCGGCGACGCGCAGCGCAAGUGGCGCCGCAUGCGGGGCACGAGGAAGGCGGGCGGCAAGGCGUACAAGGCCAUCACGAGGGCGAUGGACGACUGAGCGCAAGAGCAAGUAGACGUCGAAGAGGAGCGGCGAGGCGUGGCAGAGUGUCCCUGUAUUGCAGCGCAACGUGUAUGUC